AUGGAUAGUACUAGUGGCAACAAAGACCUCAUUGUUGGUAUUUCUGUAAUUAUCCAUAAGAGCUGUGGACAAUACAGGAAAAGAGAGAUUUUUUUAGAGCAAAGAAAUGAUGAGGGAGAAAACAAUGGGGUCAGUGCAUAUCACGCUGCAGAAUACUGCAGAGACAAAGACCCAAAAUAUAGGAAAAAGACCAACAAAAACUGUGAUCCGAAAAAAAUGUAUGAAGAAGGUGCUUGUUUUGAUCCCAACUCUAUGCAAGAAGGGGUGGCUGAGAAUGGUUUUUCACAAACCAUGCCCAACUCAUCCACUGCUGGCUUCUCCAUGGAAGAGCUCCCUUAUCACCCAAAUCCCUACCAAGAAGAUCAGACUGAUUCAGAGGCCGCCAACGGAGUCGCCGCCGCCGCGGCUGCCAUGGAUGUGGAGCUUCAACAGCAACUGGGUCGUUUGGACAUGGAGCACUGCUACAACACCAACCCCAACAAUCACUGCAGUGACACCCAUUUGAUGCAGCAAGAAGUGGCAAAUGACUCCAACCACCAGGUUUUAUCUUAUGAUCAUCACCAUCAUCAUCAGUCCAAUUGGGACACCAGUAAUGUCCAGGAAAUGCAGGACAUGAGUUACACCCAACACAAUCCUCAUCACCAGGAUCAGCAGCAUUUGCAGCAGCAUGUUGAUCAAUUGCAUCAUCAUCAUCAACAUCAACAUGGUGGGUUUAAUUCUUCCUCAUUACCAGACACUCCAUACCCUCCAACACCAGACCUCCUCAACCUCCUCCACUUACCUAGGUCCUCUUUGCUCCCCAAUUCAUCCAUCUCCUUCGCGAAUCCCGGGGACCCCAAGUCCACAUUAGGGUUUCUUGGUGACCUUCCAGCUGCAGACAAUGCGUCUGUGUCGAAUGUUUUGUUUGAUCCUCUCUUGCAUUUGAACCUCCCUCCACAGCCUCCUUUGUUCAGAGAAAUGUUUCAAUCAUUACCACAUGACUAUAACUUGAGAGCCUCAAGGAGUUACCCUUUGUUUGGUGGAGUGGAUGAGAGGGAGGCCAAUGGAGGAGGAGUGUAUCAAGAUGCUGCAGAUGGGAGACAGUUUGAUAAUGGGGUUGUGGUUUUUAGUAGGGAUAUGAAUUGUAUGUCUAAAGAAAGAAAUAAUGGUACCAAACAUUUUGCCACUGAAAGGCAAAGGAGAGAUCACUUGAAUCAAAAGUACAAGGCCUUAAGGAGUUUGAUUCCCAAUCCCACCAAGAUUGAUAGAGCAACAGUAGUUGGAGAAGCUAUUGAAUACAUCAAAGAGCUGAUUAGGACAGUGAAUGAGCUAAAAAUCCUGGUGGAGAAGAAGAGAUGUGGCAGGGACAGGAGCAAGAGGCACAAGACAGAAGAUGCUGGUUCUGGAGAAGUAGAGAGCUGUAACAUAAAGCCCACUGGCGGUGAUCAAGACCAGUCCUACAGUGGUUCAUCAUUAAGGAGCUCAUGGCUUCAGAGGAAGUCCAAGAACACGGAGGUCGAUGUUCGUAUCAUCGACGAUGAAGUAACCAUCAAGGUUGUUCAGCAAAAAAGAAUUAAUAGCCUGAUGUUCGUGUCAAAGGUCCUCGACGAGCUCCAGUUGGAUCUGCACCAUGUUGCCGGUGGCCACAUUGGCGAUUACUACAGCUAUUUGUUCAACACCAAGAUAUGUGAAGGUUCAUCAGUGUAUGCUAGUGCAAUUGCCAACAAACUUAUUGAGGUUGUGGACAGACAGUAUGCAGCUAUUCCACCAACUAGCAGCUAUUAGGGUAGAAAUUAAAAGGAUUUUAUGAUGAAUUGGGUGGUG